AUGGACAAAAAACCUGCUCGCAUGCAACCUCGCAAAAGCAUCACUGGCGAAGAAGAAAAGAAAAUCCCAGUCCGUUCCUCUAUGCCGCGCAACCCCGUUAAGAAGAACAAACCAGUUGUGGAUACGCGAAAAGUGUCUUCAGUAUCGUUAGAUGCACCCAACGCUUUAGUAGUCGAUAAGCCCAAAUCAUCUCGUGACAAAGAAUUGAUCAACACAGCCCUGAACAAGCAUUUUAUCUUCACCAGCUUAGCUGACGAAAAUAGAGGACUCCUAAUUGACCAUAUGAAGCAUUAUACUUUGGGCCCGCUUGAAGUCGUUUUUGAGCAAGACCAGCCAGGAAACACUUUUUUCAUUGUGGCUUCUGGCAAAUUAGAAGUUUAUGUCAAUGGCAAGAAGGUAAAAACUUUAGGCGCAGGCGACAGUUUUGGGGAACUCGCAUUGCUGCACGACUCCCCAAGGUCUGCGACAAUUCAAACUGCAGAAAGAACCACAUUGUGGGGACUUGAUAGGAAAACGUUUCGCCAUGCAGUUGAGACUGUUAAUGCACAGAAUUACCAAGAAAAUAAGCAGUUUAUUGAAAGUGUACCGCUUUUUAGGAUUUUGACACCUGUACAGAGAGACGCGCUUGUGGGGUCAUUGUCGACGCUGAAAUUUAGACCACAGGAAAGGAUUGUGAGUGAAGGAGACCCUGGGGACCUCUUUUAUGUGAUAAAAGAAGGUAGUGUAAGCUGCACCCAAGAAGGAAGGGAAAUCAGACAAAUGUUUAGAGGAGACUUCUUUGGUGAGCAAGCCCUGCUUUAUAACUGUGUUAGAACGGCAAGCAUAACAGCUAUUGAUGAUAUUAAAUGUGUGGCAAUUGGCAGGGAAAGGCUCACAAAAGCCUUGGGGAACCAGCUGCAGCAUAUCAUCUAUCAAAAUACUAAAAGGAUGGCAAUUGAUGCUUCAACUACUCUGAGCCGCCUCACAAAGGACCAAACUGACAGAGUUAUCAACGUGCUAAAAGUUAUCACUUAUACAAACGGCCAAGUUGUGGUCAGACAAGGAACUCCAAAAGGCAGGCAUUUGUGAAUGGUAAUGAAAGGGAGCCUCACAUAUAGAAACGGAAAUGAGUGUGCUGGCGUAUUUCAAUGCAUUGGCGACCAAGACAUCACUAAUAGUCCUUCAGGAGACUACAAUGAAGAUAUCCUGGCUCAUGGUGAAGCAAUCGUUGCAGAAUGCACUCGAGAGGAGUUUGAAGAGUGCAUUGGUGGAGUUUUCAGCCAAGUUACCACCAAUAAUGAAGCUCAUUCAGUGCUCAAAAGAGUCCAACUGCUAAGAGGGCUCAGUUCUGACAGAUUCCAGGCACUUAUUCGUGCGCUCCAAAUCCGUGAGUAUUCUAACCAAGAAGUAAUCGUCCAACAAAAUAACCCAGGCGACUGCUUUUUUAUCAUAAAAACUGGAAAAGUGGAUGUAAUAAAAGAUGGAAUCAACGUAAGGACAAUAACUAAACAUGAUUAUUUCGGAGAAAGAAGCGUCCUUUUCAAUCAUUUUAGGAGUGCCACAAUUGUAGCAAAUGGCCCAGUUUCUUGCUGGGUGCUGCACCAGCAAGAUUUUUUAAAUAUCAUUGAUGAAAAUAUUAGGCAGCAUUUACAAAAACGAAUUGAACUGCAAGAUGAUAACAUCACUCUCCAAGACCUAGCAAUUGUAAAAGUUCUUGGAAAAGGCAUGUUUGGGAACGUCUUUUUAGCUGUCCACAAAGAAAAAGGCCACCUCUAUGCACUUAAAACAGUUGGUCAAGCACAGAUGCCAACCCCCCCACCCCCCCUACCCCCCCACCCCCCCAGUUUGGAUGUAUACAUCACACCCCACCCUACCCCUGUAUGGACCACACCCCCACCCCCUGUAUGGAUCACACCCCCACCCCCUGUAUGGAUCACACCCCCACCCCCUGUAUGGAUCACACCCCCACCCCCCUUGCAUCUAUGGAUCCCACCCACACCCCCAUUGAUGGCGCGGUUUGCCCUUGAUUUGCCCACUGAAAAAAAUUUUUGGUUCGACCAGUACCAUAUGGUUUGGUCAAACCAAAAAAUUUUUUAAGUGGGCAAAUCAAGGGCAAACAGUGCCAUCUAUAUCAAACUGUUUUCCAUAAAAAAUUUUUCUAUUAAAAAAAUUUUUGUUUGCUCACGAAGAGUGAGGGACUUUUCUAAUGGUUUUGUUCGCUCACGGAGGAGUUAGCAAUAGUUAUUUUUUCGCAUAUUUAGGCAUUUUCUCUUUAUGUUGCCAUCAUUUGACUUUUUUAUUAUUAACCCUUUUUUGAAAUUUUUAUAGUUAGUUAGACUAACUAUAGAGGUUUCCUCUAUAUAGCGCUAAAAGCGCAGACAUUUUCCCAGGAGCUUUCCAAGUUCGUCGGACCAAAUCGCUUUUUGGUCCGACCAAGGCAUUGAUUUGGUGCAACCUACCGAUAAAUUCCGAUCAGAAUUUAUCGGCCUUACAGCGCCAAACAUAGGAAACUUCUAUAGGCCCCAUAAGGGCUUUUUUUGGCUCAGCCAAAAGCACUUUUUCCAUCACCAAUAACCCUCAGGUGAAAUUCAUCAAUAUUUAUGAUUUCAGCAUCUGUUUCAAGUAGUGCAAGAAGUUUGCAGAUGUAACUUUUUCGUUGGUUUAUGUUUAUUAGGAAAUUUCUAUGCAUAGGCUGAUAUUUACAUUUUUAUAAUUAAAACUAUUUUAUGUAAAAGACAUGCCACAUUUUUUUUAUUGCCUGGCCCAUUUUUUGCUUUAUAAAUGUUUAGAGCAUUUGCUUUUCCAGAACAUGUCAGUGUGCAUCCACUAUCUUUCACCAUGCGCUUUCAAAAUUAAAACUUGUGAUGGAUUUAGUAUAAUAAAAAAUCGGCUUUUUAUUAAAAUAAAUAAAGAUGGGUUUAACUAUUUAAAUACUAGUUAAUUGAUUUUAAUGACUGUAUUUGAUCAGGAUUAUCUACAAAAAGUCCUAUUUAUUUGAAUAAAUAAAUGACGCUUAGUGCAUCAACUAUUUCAGAGCAUGCUAGUGUGCACAUGGUGCAAUAUGUGCACACUACCAUGCUCUGAAACGGCUGAUGCACUAAACUGCACUAAACAUCAGUUGCUUGCUCAUAUAAAUAUCGCUUUUUUCUAGCAGGAUGAAGCUUAAAUUUUUUAGAAAGGGUUUAUCAUGAAGAAGCAUAUGUUCUUUCUAUAAGCUUUGCUCUUUUUUGAAGCAAGAUGUGUCAGCUUAAAGAAAUGGUAAACUUAGAUUUUUAUCAGAAUUUCCCAUUUUUGGAUCGGAAAUCCUGAAAAAAAUUCUGGUUCAUUGAAAUUAUCCAAACCAAAAAUUAAUUACUAGAACCAAAAAUGAACAUAGAAAAAGAUGAGCUUAGAAAUAUAUUGCUCAAAAAUCUAAUUCCUCUAUUUUAAUGUUGGUUCGACUAAGAUUUUUUGGUUCGACUCAUAUUUUUUACGGAAGAAAUUUUAUAAUUUCUGAUGUCAGCCUAGAUAAUCCAGGUCAAUUUACAGCCAUUAAAUUAUUUUGCCAUUAUUUUAAAUCGUUUAAAAAACAACUUUAAUUUUUCACAUAGUACUGAUUUUUCACCAUCAUGCUGCUCGAUGCGUUUGCAUCCUUAAAGAACAAAAAAUCUCUGGGUCUGAAUUUAGGCUAUUGCAUUUCAAUCAAUCACCAUACACAACAUUUUUGAUAGAAAAAACAUAUUUGAAUUCUGAUAUUUAUAUGGAGUAUUCUGAUCAAACUCCACUUGUGCUGCCUUUCACUGAAGUAGCGCCAAUGCUACAAAGAAUUCAAAAUUUUUCCUUUAUUAGCUGAAUUAGAUGUUGCUGAUACAAAUUACACUGGAAUAUGGUUACCUUCAUCUUCAUGAAAAGCAGAAACAUAUGAUGAUUUGCCGCAUUUUAAAAGACGGCUUACAUCAUUAAUACAGAAUUACAAUUAUGCAUGCAGAAGUCACUUGGUAGAAGCAGAAACUGAUGAAGCAUCUCCUGCACAAAACUUCCAUAUCAGGCGAAAUCGCAAAUACGGAAAAAUAAAAUUUGAAGAUAAGAAAAGAAUAUUGGACUACAUGACAGAUUAAAAUUUCCUAAUAAACAUAAACCAACGAAAAAGUUACAUCUGCAAACUUCUUGCACUACUUGAAACAGAUGCUGAAAUCAUAAAUAUUGAUGAAUUUCACCUGAGGGUUAUUGGUGAUGGAAAAGUGCUUUUGGCUGAGCCAAAAAAACGCCCUUAUGGGCCCAAUCAGUCUAACUGACUAUAUAUAAAAAAUCAUAGAUAUUUAAUAUAAAUUUUAUAUAUUUUUUUUCCCAAAAAUUUUAUAAGUUAGACCCAUUUAAUAACGAACUAAAAAAGUGUUCGUUAUUAAAUGGGGGGAGUAAAAGACUUUAUAGAGAUAUCAAAAUAUUUUUUGAGUCAUUUAUUGAUUCCUUUCUAUGUAACAAGUUUUUUUGCAAUUAUUUUAUUUUAAAUGUACUACUAAUAUAUUGGCUAUAUCAGUCUAUGCUAAAUAUACUUAUGAUCAUUAAUAUUUAUUUAUGAAUCUAUUUAUGAAUCCAUUUAUGAAUUAACUAAAAUUUUAUUGUAUGUCUUAUUUGUAAGAUUUUAUACUUAUAUGUUUACCUAUAUGAUAGAGGGGGUGGGGGGGUGGAGGGGGUGGGAUCUAUUAACAUAGGGGGGGGUGGGGGUGGGAUCCAUAUAUACUAGGGGGGUGGGGGGGGGGUUGGCAUCUGUGCUUGACCAAACAGUCGAUCGGCAAAAAAUCGAGAGAUACGAAAUCCAAGAAAACUUGGUAUUAGAAAGGAAAAUUUUGCUUCAGCUAGACCAUACUUUGAUACUAAAAUUGGUCAGAACUUUCAAAGACCCCCGCCGUGUAUACUUUUUAACUGAGUUUGUAAGAGGAAUGGACCUAUUUGAUGUGCUCCGACAGCUUAAUCUGGUAACAGACAAAGACGCGAAAUUCUACACAUCAAGCUUAGUAGCCAUUCUAGAGCAUCUUCAUGAGCGCGACAUCAUCUAUCGUGACUUAAAGCCAGAAAAUGUUAUGAUAGAUGACGAAGGUUAUACAAAAUUGAUUGAUUUUGGAACAGCAAAAAUAGUGAGCGGCCGCACAUACACAAUUGUUGGGACUCCUCACUAUAUGGCUCCAGAAGUUAUAGUAGGGAAAGGAUAUAGCGUAGCUGUAGAUUAUUGAAGUGUAGGUAUCAUGCUUUAUGAGUUCAUGUGCGGAGGUGUGCCGUUUGGAGAAGAAGAGGAGGACCCGUUUGCGAUCUAUGAAAAAGUCCUGGAACGACGACUGAUAUAUCCAGCUUUUGUGGAUCCAAGAAUGCCUUCAAAACCGAUUAUUGAGCAGCUGCUUUCAAAGAACCCAGCAAUGAGGACAGGAGGAAGUAUUGAGAAUUUGAAAGCGCACCCUUGGUUUAAUGGCUUUAAUUGGGAUCAAUUGUUGUCUCGGCAAUUAGAACCUCCUUAUAGGCCUAGGGUUUCUGAUCUUUCUAGAGAAGUGCAAGCUUCCUUGAAAAACAAACGUAGUAUUAGUGACAUUAUUUCUAUAGAGGAAGCCAGCGAAGAUAUACCACAAACUAAGUCAAGAAAGCCAAAGAGCGUCUUCAAUAACUGGGAUGAAGAGUUUUAA